UUUCCCAAGUUACAUCAAAUGUUCUAGCGGUUUCGACUCGUGAUAACAGGAAUGUUUACAAGUAAUUUGUUCCGGCAAUUAUGAAUGACGAAGAACUUGCCAGUUAUAUCUACGAUAUCCUGUUGGAGAAGAAAGAGUUGUCUCUGAAGGAUAUUCACAGAGAAGUAAAAAACCACCAUCCAAAGGAAAACCAAGUCAAGCACUGCCUCUCACUGUUGCAUCACCUAGUGAGUGUCAAUAAGAAGGAUGGAGUGGACAUGUGGUCACUGCCGUCCGAGGCCGAUGUCCAGCCAAGUAUGGAAACCCCUAUCGCUGUGACUAAAAGUGGAGACCGUGGUGCUAGAAGUAAAAAAAAUGGCGAAACUUCCUGCAGGGAUAGACGCUCCAGUGGGCAAGCUUCCAGUGGGGACAGACGCUCAAUUGGGCAAGCUUCCAGUGGGGACAGACGCUCCAGUUGGGAAGCUAUCAGUGGGGAUAGACGCUCCAGUGGGCAAGGUUCCAGUGGGGAUAGACGCUCCAGUGUGCAAGCUUACAGUGGGGAUAUACACUCCAGUGGGGAUAGACGCUCCAGUGGGCAAGCUUACAGUGGGGAUAGACGCUCCAGUGGGGAUAGACGCUCCAGUGGGCAAGCUUACAGUGGGGAUAGAUGCUCCAGUUUGGAAGCAUCCAGUCGGGAAAGAUAUACUUUUGAGGAUACACAUCCCAACUUGUCAUCCAGCAACCCCAGGAGCUCUGGAUCCUACGCUGAAGUUACAAAGUCUCAGAACAGAUUGAGAGAUGGUACACAUUCCUCCACCCAUACAGACACAACUCCACCCAGCUGGGAAGUAGACUCAGAUUGGCCACCGAUUUCAGCUGUAGAAAAAACUCUCGUGAGUAAGAAUGUAGAGUAUGCUGCCAGAGGGGGACGAAAUGAGAAAGCUUACUCUGGGGAUAGAAGCUCCACCCUGUCAUCCCACCAGAGUCUCAGGGAUUCCUCUGCUGAAGAGAGUAUGCGUUUAUCAACACCUCCCAAUACCACCCAUACCAACACCACCCAACCAAGAGGGGCUGGCUCAGUGUGUCCACAGCCUUUACAAGCAGCAGGUGGUCUGGUUGUAGCAGAGCGAGUUAAUACACCCAACACUAUCAAUAAAUCUUUCGGAAGAAUGGAAAUUUCCAUAUCAGGUGAUAACAGAGUGGCGGAGUACACCAGUCUGAAACCUGAGGUACAGCAGUGGUGCAAUAUUUUUAACAAAAUUCUGCAGGUUUUGAAAAAUUCAGGAAAUCCCCUAAAGGCAGCAGAUAUAGCUAAAGAAACUGGUAUUGGAAAGUCCAGAAGUAGUGUCAAUCCUCUGCUCUAUUUUCUGGAAAGCAAAGGAAAAAUAAAAAACUUGAGUGAUCGUUGCCCAAUAUGGACCUUAAGCUUGCUUCCUGAAGAAUGCACAGAUGAGGUCGCAAAAGAAGCUGCCAUCGAGUAUUACAAAAAAAAGAACCCCGGUGCUGAAACAAGCCUUGCCAUUACUCCAGGAGGCCCAGAUUCCAGGACAACAGGUACUGGUUGUUCACAUGGAGGAAACUGUAAGACUUGUAGGGGACCUUGUGUCAAUAUAGAAAACCAUAAGCAUGUGCACCACCAUAACUACUACAUGCAGUCUGGAAAUACCAACAUAAUAAAUGUCACUCAGUCAGGAACAGAUCAAAUUUCACCUGUAGAAAAUGGAUAGCUGGAUUUCAUCAAAUGCAUGGUAUUCAAAUGUGUUGAUCUGUCCCUGUACUUAAGUAAACUAAUUUAUAAUUCUGUACUGG